CACGCGAGCAGUAUCUCACCAUCCAUCAUCCGGAGUGGCCCUCGACCCGCCACCGUUGACGCAUCUCGACCCAGUCGCGCGCCUCAUCUCGAGCUGAUUCCCAUCCGCGGUUAGCAGCCCCGUUUUUUUCAAAUUCAAUAUUUUUUUCCAGUCCCCGAAGUCGAAUUUCGAAAUUUCCGUCUUUUUUCGUCGCGGUUAGCAGCCCCGUUUUUUUCAAAUUCGACAUUUUUUCCAGCCCCCGAAGUCGAAUUUCGAAAUUUCCGUCUUUUUUCGUCGCGCUUCGCAAGUUCCAGUCCCUUUUUCUGUAAGGUCCUAGAUUCGCUCGUACGUUACUCUUUUACCUUCAUGGGGUUUUUUUCGGAUCGAGUUUUUGAAAAUCGACCGUCGAAAUUGGUUUUACUUUUUUGAAAAUUUUAUCGCGACGCGAUGAGGAUGCGCGGAUUGGAAACGCUCACAAGUGCUGCUCAUAUUUAUUGAUUUUGGAUCGUCGAGGAAAUAUUCCAGCCUUUUCGAUUGCUCCUCUUAGCUAGAUUUUUCACGAGUCCCUCGUAUAUAGUCUUACUGGUUUAUAUCGUGUCUACAAGCCACAGUCAUGUUCGGACCAAUCGUUGGAAUUGUCCGCGAGAACUAUGCAAAAAUACUCCGGGAAAGAGUCUUUGACCCGACGGUGGAUUCGUGGUUCAUGAUGGGAAGUCCUUGGCCAAUCCUCAUCAUAAUAGCCUGCUAUUUAUAUUUUGUCCUCAAACUGGGGCCGCAGUAUAUGGAAAAUAGGAAAGCAUUCAACCUGAAAUAUGUUCUCAUUGCCUAUAAUUUAGCUCAAGUUGUUUAUAAUGCCUUAAUGUGUAGUGUGUUUUUCUCCUCAAAAAAUGUCAUUUAUUACAUGUGGAAUCAUUCUUGUGAGCCCCUAAAUCCUCAUAAAAAUCCUUUGACGUCAACGCUUUAUCAAGUGUCCUGGUACUACAUGUUCUCUAAAUUUAUAGAUUUACUGGACACGGUGUUCUUCGUACUCCGUAAAAAGCAAUCGCAAGUCACGCUUCUUCACGUUUACCAUCAUACCAACAUGGCCUUAUCAACGUGGGCCUACUUAAAAUACUUGAAAGGUGAGCAGGGAGCUCUGAUUGGCCUUUUAAAUUCCGCAGUUCACGUAGUAAUGUAUGGUUACUAUCUCUUGUCUGCUCUCGGACCGCAAGUUCAAAAAUACCUUUGGUGGAAGAAGUACAUAACAAAAAUUCAGCUGGGCCAGUUCGUCAUAAUCAUGACCUAUCUGCUAGGGUUGCUCGUCUACGAUUGCAAACUGCCGAAAGCCCUCACGGUCUACAUGUUUGCCAACUGCUCGAUAUUCCUGGUCCUUUUCUCAGACUUUUACCACAAGGCCUAUCUGAAAUCGGCGAAACGGGCGGCCGAAUCCGCAACUUUGACAGUCUUGCCAGUCUUGCCAAUGGAAGGCAAAAAAAUUCAGUAGAGCCUCGUUGAGCGAGUUCAGUAUGUUCAAUUGUUAAUGAUUUGGUACUAUCACCAAUGCUGUUUGACAUGAGUUUUGCUAAAUUUCGUUCAACGAGUGAGCAAAACCACAUAUCUUGCCUCCGUAAUUCUUUCCAGUUUAUUUGAUUGUAAUUUUGAUAUAUCUGCAUAACUGUACAUAUUUUACGAUUUUACGGACAAACAACGCUCAUUACAGAUAAAGUUCAGGUCUAGUGUUUUGUGCUUAAAUCGACCUUCGAGGUGCCUGAUUCCUCUUAAAUUACUACACCUUGUCGGUCCCUAACAGAAAUUGUCUCACUCUUAAAACGUGUCAUGUUAGACUAAACUUUGUCGGACAGCUUUCUAAUUUUGAAACGCACCUGAUGAUCGCUCUAGGUUUAUUUUGCUGCGGACGACAAAAAUCUGUAGCGAUGCCUUCAAGUUGGCAUCACUGUUUGUAUUCCAUUUAAAUCCAUUAAAAAUAUCGAUUUUAGGCGAGGCUGUAUGCCUAACCUAAAUUAGAUUGCUUUACACACGUUUAAAUGGAGGCAAAUUUUCUUUUCAACUUGAAAGUAUCAGCACUGACGAAAGUUGAAGUCAACGGCAAGGUUCAGAGACCCAGGUAGAAGCCAGUGCAAGGGGCUUGGACCCCCCUUCACCGCGAAAAAAUUAUUCACAAGAAAGGGAGAUCGGCGGGUUUUGCCAAACUCCUACUUUACUUUUGAUACAGUGAUGCAGUAUGGUAACUUUCAUCCUAACUUUCAUCAAAGUAAACAGAGAUUAAUCGAAACAGAAUUAAAUCGAAAUAGCAAAAUCGGUUUCCAAAUGUGAACGAUAGUCAUAUUACGCCGACAGUGAUUUGGAUGAAAGUUGCCAAUAGUAUACCAUUGUCUCAAAAAUCAAGUAGAAGUACAUCGAAUCAUACAAUUUGUUCAUAGUUUGAGUGUGGAUUGUUCUCCUAAUUUAAGAAGUACUUUCCCUCGACUGUCUUUUGUAUAUAUCCAGCUCUGGAAGGAGGUCCACCACGAGGAACACUUGGAUUUGCUCUAGGUAGUGAUUUUUGCGGUUAGAGAAAUCGAACUUCUGUUGUUAAUAUUCUUAGUCAUAAGCUAUAGUUAUUCAAAGCAAUCCCGGUGAGGAUAAAAAUGUAUGACCAUCGUUUUUGUAAGCUCAUCCCCAUGAGCCAGUAUAGUCUUGUUCAAGGAAGUUUUUUAGCCUGAGAAGUAUCAAACGUCCUGAUUUGCUUAAUUCCUAUGUUUCCGCCGAAUGUCAAGUAGGGUGGUUUCACUUUGUUGAAAAAUGUGUAAAUAUAACAGUAUUUUUGUAAAUUGUGAUAAAUUCAGCCACGAUUUGGUGAGUAAAAUUCACUGAAUUUAGUGGGCUGAUUCGAUAAAUAUUUAUUUAAGUUUUAUUUAUAGAAUUAUUGAAGUCAAUUCUGACAAUUUGCCUUAUUUUCAUUCUCGCACUGGAAUCCCGGGUUUAUUUUUGCUUAAGUAUUUGCUUCUAUUUAUCCAAAUGUGCUAAUAUAACAUGAAUUUACGAUAGAUAACUGAUACUACGGUUAAUUGAGUCCCACUUAACACAUUCCGAAUUAAAAAACCGAAGAAAAUAAACAAAACACCACAUUUAUGUGUAUCCAUUCGCGUCUUCUUUUACGGAUGAAACAGUAACUUAAACUCCUCUAAAAUACUGGAAUCUUAUCUGAACGUGAAAAUAAUGGAUAUCUCGCUACUUGAACAUCUGCUGAAAUUCUGUAUUUUCAUAAAUUCAAUCAGAAAAAGAGUCAACUUGCAUUCGAUGUCCAGGAAUUUUGGUUUCCGGGAAAGGUUUUGAAUUUUGGUUAUCCUAAGAAUUUUUAAUCGGCAGCUUCCCUGUGAUAGACUGUCCGCGGUGCUUAGGCUUGUGGCGGAGUCUUGUUUGCCCUUUUAUUCCUAGGCCUUUGUUGCGUUUUGUACUUUUUUUAAUUUAUAAUAUAGCUUUAAGUUCGUCAGUUUUACGUUCAUUUUUAGUUAGCACAAUUGUUUUACUUUAACGCAUUUUUAUUUUUAAUGCCGUAUUUGAAAAAAAUCUUUGCAAUAAAUGAUAAUUUUAUAGUAA